AUGCCAAGUGACCGCUUCGAGUUCGAUGAGAACGGGGACACAUUUUUGUGCUUCCUGACAGCAUUCUAUACAUUGAUUCUUAUCCCCCUGACUUAUUUCUGCUGGCCUUCAUUCGAAUUCAAAGAUUCUUAUGAGCAAACCAAGAGAAAAUGUUUGUGCCAGCCAUGUCAAGUAAAACGACAUCACCUAAAGUUGUCCACCCCUUUAAAGAGGCUAAAGAAAAUUAUUAUAAAGGCCUCUUUUGUUGCUGCGUGGGGGAUAUUUUUCCUUCUUGUGUAUAAACUUACUUUGAUUGAACCUGAUAACUCCGGGUUUGACCCGUUUUCUGUCUUGGGAAUAGACAGGGAUGCUUCUGCCAAAGAUAUUCGAAGUGCUUACAAAAAGCUAUCCGUUUUGAACCAUCCUGAUAAAGGCGGGGAUCCGAAAAGGUUCAUACAGAUUUCGAAGGCGUACGCUGCUUUAACUAACGAAGAGUCACGGAAAAAUUGGGAAGAAUAUGGUAACCCAGAUGGACCUGGUGCUGCUCACUUUGGAAUCGCAUUACCCAAGUGGAUGGUUCAGAAGGAGAAUUUCUAUCUGGUGGUCGGUGCCUAUGUAUUACUAUUCAUGAUGAUAUUGCCGAUUUCUGUGGGUACUUGGUGGUAUAACACAAUGAAAUUUAGUAAUAAUAAUGUUCUAUUGGACACGAUAAGAUAUUUUUGUGGGACAUUUAUGCGUUCACCCUAUAUGGCUAUGCCUAGAAUAAUCAAAGUUCUCUCAAAUGCCUAUGAAUUCAAUCCAAAUUUUAAUAAAGAAAUAGCUUGUCGACCAAGUGAUAAUAUUGAACUACCUCCACUAAUUAUGCAGAUACCAUUUUUCACCAUAUUCAAAAAAGCCAUUGUUGGCUCACCAUAUUCAGUUAAAGCUAGAGCACUGAUACAUGCACAUUUGGAGCGUUUAGAGCUACCAGCUAAAACUCUAUAUAUUGAUAAACAAUACAUUAUUAAGCAUUCACCUCGACUAAUUGAUGAAAUGAUCAACAGUUUAUUGUAUGUUUUGGCUGUAGCAAUGGAUGAAGCUAACUCAAGGCACAAAACACCACAACAUUUAGCUACUAUCGAAAAUUGUAUGCAUUUAAUUCCUAUGCUUGUUCAAGCGCUUACUGAUAAUGCCUCUCCAUUGCUUCAACUUCCGCAUAUUACACAAACUCAACUAAGACAUAUGGCUGCUAAACAACGCAAUAUUAAAUCUAUCCGUCAGUUGAUUAGUUUACCAGAAGACAAACGCAGAGCACUUUUACGAAGUCUUUCUGAUGAACAGUAUCGUGAUAUCCUCAUAGUCUCUUCUUCAAUGCCCUCUUUGGAGAUAUCUUAUCGAUGUGAAGUGUUAGAUGAUGAUGAUCCUAGUAUUUGGCCUUUCAGUAUGGUCACAGUCACUGUCCUGCUUAAACGUACUCCACUCUUAGACCCGAAUGCAGUGAACAAUGCAAGUGUCAAUGGGAAUGGGACAUCCCUAUCAGAUAUAGGUUAUUUCGAUGGUGGACAAACAAUGCGACUUGACUGGAAUGCCUAUAAUGACUCAGCUGCUUCAAACUCGAAAUUUUAUCCCAUAGCAGAUGUCCAUGGAGCAGAAUCCUCGAAAUCGUUAAAUUAUGAUGAUUAUCUUGGGGAUGAAGAUAAAGUGUAUGCACCUGAUAAUCAAAUCAAGACAUCGAAAAAAUCUGGUCCACCUGUAUGGGAUAAAAGUAAACGCAAAAAAGGUGUACGAAAAAAUAAAUCACGUAAACAGGAUAACUCAAAACGUCAACAGCAAGUACCUGCAGAGGAAAUUGAUUCAGAACAAGAGGAUAGUGAUGCUGCUAUCCGUGGCACAGAAAAAUUACCGAAUCAUAUCAAUCCUACUGAUUCAUCUUGUCAACCAAAGCUUCAUACGAAUGACAAGAUUGGAUCUAUUCACUCACUUCCUAUUAUUGAAAAUGUGAAUUGUGGAUCAGAUGAAACAAAAGUGGAAACAGCAGGCAUGACAGUAGUAGAUGGUUCUGCUGAAUCACCUCCUACUGUCUCAUCAGUAAACACAGAUAAAUCUUUGUCUUCAAGUAGAACACCUGUUAAACCAUUGUGUAAAUCCUCAAGUAUGAUGAAUUCAAAAACACACUCUACACAUGUUGUACACUGUCCGUAUUUCCCAGUGGAAAAAUUUGAAGGUUGGUGGGUAUAUCUAGCCGAUAGAAAAACUCGUCAGCUUAUUACAAAGCCUAUUUACAUUGCAACCUUACAAAAUGAAGAAGAGCUACAACUUAGAUUUGUUGCACCACCUCUUCCUGGUCAAUAUCUCUAUAUCUUAUCGAUUCGUUCGGAUAGCUAUAUGGAUUGUGAUUUCUCUGAAUCGAUUCGAUUCACUGUUCGUCCACUGCCUGAAAGGAUUGUGCAAAUUCUUAAAGAGCAAGAAGAAGCCGCUUCUGAUGACGAUACCAGUGAAUCAUCUAGCACAGAUACUGAAGACAUUGAUGAAUCAGACAUUGAAGAGGAUCUUGAUAUUGAAGUGCUCUCUCCAGAAGAGUGUACACAAGCCAGUGAUAAUGUUAACACAUCAAAGAAAUCUGAAACAGAGAUAAGUGGACUUCCAGACAACGAUGAUGUUGAGGAGGAUGAGGACGAGGAGGAUGAUUCUAAUCAGCUACGACAACGACCAAGUAAACUUGAUAAUAAAUGUUUAUCAGCUUACUUGGCCGAAUCUUGA